CUAAAUUCGUUGACUGACUGAACCAUCCUUUCUAAUUUCCCAUAAUUCGUCGCGCACGCGCAUGUGUCACGAGUGUCAAGUGUCAGGAGUUUGUUUUGAUUCUCUCUACUACGUGUUUGCGUCAAGUUUCAGGUUGCAUUGAUACUACAGACUGAAUAAGCAAGAUGUUGUCGAGCAUGGUAAAAGAGCACCAGACGAGACAACAAAGUCGGAAGGAAGAACAGGAAAGGCGAAGAAAAGAGGCUGUGCAGGCUAGCAGUAAUCUGACCCAGGCUCUGGUUGAUCAUCUCAACGUUGGUGUUGCCCAGGCUUACUUAAACCAAAAGAGGCUAGAUAGCGAAGCGAGUCAGCUUGAGCAAAAUGCAACUAACUUCCAGCGUCAGACGUCUCAGUGGUUGGGUCUCAUCUCAUCUUUUACCGAUUCCAUGAAAGAAGUCGGGCACGUCCAGAACUGGGCGACAACUAUUGAAUCCGACAUGAGGACAAUUUCCACAGCCUUGGAAUAUGCUUAUAAAGUUGAACAGCAAGCAAGCACUGGAGGGGGAUCAGCUACAUAGUUUAUAUUAUGUUACCAGAUUGAAUAUUAUUUUUCAAUGUUUAUAUUAUUACAUAAAGUAUGUGUAUAGCCUAACUUUUAUUUAAUUUUAUUUUUUAAAUAUUAAUACCAAGUGUUUAGAUCUGUACCUCUGUGAUAUCAAAGAAAUUAUACAUCAACUUAAGAGAUGUUAUCAAAACACUGUAUUCCUCAUUUCCUAAUUAACCAAUCUUGACCAAUAGUUUAUGAAAGCAGCUUAUUGUGAACAUUUUUUGAAUAGGAGGAAACCAUUAACUACAUUUUCAUAAAACUGAUUGUAAAUCAUGGUCACACUUCAGAGGAAGGUAUUAUGAUCAUUUUUUUUCUUUUCUUUUUUUCUUAAUUUAAGAGUAUGUAUUACAUUGUAUUCGUAUUUUAGAUUUACAUGUUCUUCUGUAUGCCUUUUUCAUGUCAAAAAAAAAGUUACAAGAAUCA